CUUGCAAGUUUUCUUUUUCUGCUGCAUGCGCCAAACUAGUAAGAGUGGCAAGUUAAGUACAUACGAAAAUUUUUCCAAGAAUCAAUGGAAACUAUUGACAAAGAAAUCCAGCAGAAGGAAGAGCCGCAGACGGCUUGUCCGAUAAUUUUACAGGCAAAAACGAUGUUUCCGGUUCCCACAAGUGUGCUGCCGCCCAUGUGGCUUUCAGUGCCACUGCCGCCGGUGCCACCACCGGCAUUCGUUUUACCACCAUCAACACUGCCACCAAUUCCAGAGGUGGAGGAGAAGCUAUCCGCAGAGGAGGAAGUGCUGGAGGAGCUGGAUGAAAAGGAGAAUGAAAAUGCAGAUGAAGAGGUGGAUGAAAAAGUGCCCGAGGAAGAAGAGAAGGAGAAGGAGGUGGAUGAUACUGGAUCAUCCAAUGCUAAUAUCGAUCAGUCUGAUUCUUCGGAAAUAUAUUUCAAUAAUUUGUUCAAAAAUUUAUUUGAUGCAAGAAUCGAAUUGACAUUUUUUUGCAAUACACCUGGUUUCUAUAGAAAUGGUUGCUGGUAUAACUGGAAAUACAACUUUAUACCAGGAGUAUUCACACCCUCAACAGAUUUACCAGCAGAAGCAGUCGUACCACCGUUUACCACAGUGGUGGUGACACUUCCACCGCCUCCACAAAUUCCCACCGUGUUGAUGGAUUUAGUCGGUAAUCAGCUCCCAGCUCAUAGCUCGGUUGGGGCGGUACCAGUAGCUAGAUCCCAGGAUGAGUCCAAUACCAUUGUAGAGGUUAAAAUUAUAGGUACACAGUUUGCACAAGUCACACGCCCUUCCAUAGAUGAAGUCAUCAUUGAGACGGGCCCAAAUCAGAAGAAUUCAAUGAUUCUAAAAAUUGCAUCUCGGAGUCCAGCUAAAACUCUCGAUGAAGAUCUCUCGUCAUUGGGAUCUUUUGUGAUUCAAACUACAAUGUCUAAUCCAACGGAUACAUCAAAGCUAUCAAAUGAGAUGAGUAUUCAAGUGCCCUUUAAAGCUCAAACUUCCACGAGAACAACUGGAACAACAACAACGACGAUGGCAAAUACAACUCCAAUCAGUUGUAAGCAUGGAAAAGUGGAGACUUGUGAUCGACAGAUUCAGGUGUUUCCCUCACCCAGAGUCGCAAUGACUUCCGAACUAUUGAAGAACGACACAAAAAAGGAGCAGCUUGCUCCAUUAUUACCAACUCCAAUUGAGUUUCCUAAAUCAUCAGACAUUAAAGACUUUGUUUCAACAACCAACACCGAAUCAGAGUCGCCGAUGGGAGUGGAAUGGAAGCCAUCAGGCGAAGAUAGUCUCAUGCCCCAAGCCCCGCUGCGGAGUAUUGCCACAGAAAAUGAAGCAUUUGUUGCAAAUAUAGCUUAUUGGCCCCCUUUGGGCACUCGAUCGGCCAACAAAUGUAGGUCCUGGCGUAGAUUGCCGCCAACAAAUGAAUCGGCUGUUCAGACUGUGGCAGCAUCCUCCAAACAAAGAUCAAUAGGAAGUCAGCGUAGUCAACACAAGGGAGAAUCUUCUAAUCCUGGAGAGAAGCCACAGACGAAGAGAAUUGGCAAGCAAGACGCCAACCAGGAAAUGGAGGACAAGGAAAACAAAUCCAAUGCCCUCAACACACAAUCGACUAAGGCAUCACCCACAAAAAAAACCCUUGUCACUCCGGCUAAGCAGAUCAAACUGAAAUGCAAAAAGGAAGAUAUCUCCAAAAACCAGAAUGCCCGAUUAGAGGCAUAUACAUCGAAUAUGUUCGAUAUAUUGGGAACCAUUGAUACGACUUCGGGGACCGACGAGACUGAUGAUAAUGAUGGUGGACCAAGUGUCGAUACGGAAACUGUUGGUCCUCAAUUGACCUGUCCAGCUCGUCGAAAGAAUUUGAAAAAGAAAAAACCAAAACCAAAUCAGUCAACAGUCAAACUUGAUGAAAAUAAAGAUCGUAAUAACACUAAAAAGAGGCGUAAACCAGCACCAAAAACCAAAUCAGUUGCAAAUACCCAAUCCGAAUCGUGCCAAUGGAGGGACCUUACUUGUGUUAAUUCUUUGGCCAUUUGCCGUGCCACGGGUGGCCGUCCAACCAGAUCACCAUCAUCGCAUUCAAUGGCAUCAUCAUCGUCGUCAGAAGGGCCAUUGUCACUCACCUGUAGCGAAAGUUCAGAUUGCUGAACGAUGCUAUUCAAAAGUAAUGUAUAAAGUAAAGUCAGCCAUCAGCUCUAUCAGCUAAUUGUGGCCAAUAAGUAAAACAGGUUUAAGGUGGGCAAACCUUAGAAACUAACAGCAAAGCGAUGACACGAAAGUAAUUCAAACCCUUUACACCUAAACCUAAAACCUAUAGUGAGUUAUUACAACUAAACCCGUUCAAUACUAACAAUAAUCUGCUGCAUCUGUGUACAUCUACAAACUAACACACUAAUAAAGAGUUGAAUACGAUUUAAUAUCUGUUAUUUAUGAUA